ACAAACAAAAACAAAACUUUAGCCACUGUGUACAAUUACCCAUUGCAUUGAAUUGAAUCUUUUCUCCUCCCUCUGCUGUGCGGUUAGUUUUCAUUGAAUUCCUGUUUGAACGAAAUUGUCUAGUAAACAUGAUGGGGCCACAUAAUUCAUUUCGGAGUUUGCUGCUGCUAAUCCUGCUGUCCCUGCUCGCUGACGGUUUAAGGGCCGUUAGACUGAUAUGUGAAAAUGGUUUCAAAGUUGGCUCGCACUACUACCAUCUAGGUGACGGCCGGUACGCGUAUCAUGCCUCAGACGACACAAGGAACGCAGUUUACUUUAAAUGCGUGCUCUACGAGAGAGGCUGCCGAGGCAGGGCAAUCUAUAAGUACGGUGGAUCCUUCCGUGAAACACAACAUCACAAUCACGCACCGGAUCCAGACUUUGUCGGCAUGAGGCACUUUAGGGAAAACCUAUUAGAUGAAAUUCACGAUGCGCGAUAUGUCAACUAUGAGCAAUUGCUGGACCAAUUUCGCAGUGACCAAAGGUACAGCAGGAAGGUUCGCUGUAAGAUGACGUUGAAACGCUUACGUGGCAGCAUGUAUAAGACCCGAAUGAAUAAGUAUCCACAAAUUCCUCACACAAUGAGGGAACUGACCCAAAUAUUGUUGUCAAAUGACAAAAUCUCCAAAACUAUAGAUGAUUCUGAGAAUCUGUAUGCUGGGUCAACUACAGCUACAGAUGGCUCCCAUCACAUCGCCUUUUUUUCACCCAGAAUGCUGCGGUUUAUGGAAAACCUCAAGAUUAUUCAAGGAGAUGGAACAUUCAAAUCUAGACCGGCUCUACCAUCAUCUAGGCAGGUCUUCGUAUUGGUCACAACAUGGAACAAUUGUGUUAUUCCACUUGGAUGGUUCCUCAUGGAGUCUCGCACAAAGUCAGCAUACAUGGCAGUUUUCAAUUUGCUCAAACAUUUGUGUCCUAAUUUGAACCCCGAUGUUAUCUUGUCUGACUGGGAGAAAGCACAACAAGAAGCGUGGCAAGAAUCCUUCCCUCAAGCUGAAAUCCAAGGUUGUCUUUGGCACCUUGGGCGUUCUUUCGUCAAGAAGGCAAAGAAACUAGGAAUUUUCAGAUAUCGCAAAGAUUUGCCCAACAUCGUGCAUUAUAUUCGGAAAGCUGUAGCCAUUUCCCUCUUACCAAGGCGAUAUUUCCUGGUUGGACUGCGAUGUCUUCGUAAUGCUGCUCUUCAAGAGGACAUUCGGAUGGCUUACUUGCUUGAUCCAUUUUUUGAUUAUGUGGAACAGAAAUGGAUCAGAACCCCUUCUCGAAGAAGAUGGAUGUGCCUUUACAAAUCAGAAAUCCGCACGAACAAUUCAUGUGAGACCCACAACCGUAUGCUACGUAAUAAAACUGGAGCGUACCGCCCAAAUGUUUUUCUAUUCAUACAAGCAUUGGCAACACUUGAAAAUAAUGCCAUACUUGACUCAGAGCUUCAUAUUAGUGGUGAAAAUCCUCGACGCACUAGGCGCUGGAAGUCUAUUAUUACUGAUCGCAUACUUAGUAAUCUCACUUACCAUCUUGAGAGGGAGAUUUUCCAUGACAUGAACGAAACUGUCAUGCAGUUCCUAACCAAAGCAUCAGAUCUUUUCAAAAGUGCCUUUGAUGAACAUGUUGCACGAGAAGUUGGACGAGGACCUCCUAAUGAUGAUUAAGGUUUAUUUUAUGCAAUUGACAAUGCUUAAUAUGUUAUUCAGAACCUUUCGUGUGAUUUUUAACAUUGAAUAAUGCCAAUCUUGGAAAGUGAUAUCUUUGCUUUAUUUUCUGUUUUCUGUAUAGACUGGGUGUUGUGUGUGGAACUAAGGCCAUUGCAUGAAGUCACAAUUGACCUCAUCUGAUAUAUGUAGUUUUUCAUAUGUUUGUUCUAAAUGAUUCACUAGAUAGUGUUGCUCAAAGUUUUAACUUUUAUUUGUAUGUCAUGAGACUUUGAUUUAAAUUGUAAUAUGAACGAACCAACUAUUCAUGUAAUUUUUUAUGUCAUAUUCUUACUUUGAAUAUUGCCAUACUUGACUCAAAGCUUAAUGUUAGUGGUGAAAAUCCUCGACGCUGUAGGCGCUGGGAGUCUGUUAUUACUGAUCACGUACUUAUCUCUCUUACCAUCUUAAGAGGGAGAUUAUUCAUGACAUGGAUGAAACUGUCAUGAAGUUCCUAACCAGCAUCAGAUCUUUUCCAAAGUGCCUUUGAUGAACAUGUGGCACUAGAAGUUGGACGAGGACCUCCUAAUAAUGAUUAAGGUUUAUUUUAUGCAAUUGACAAUGCUUAAUAUGUUAUCCAGAACCUUUCGUGUGAUUUUUAACAUUGAAUAAUGCCAAUCUUGGAAAGUGAUAUCUUUGCUUUAUUUUCUGUUUUCUGUAUAGACUGGGUGUUGUGUGUGGAAC